UCAGACUAACUCCAAGAUGCUCCCAAAAUUCUCCCCGAAGAAUUUCAAACUCUUCUCCCCAAAUCCCCCGAACUUUCCCAAAUUCCUCCCAAACCGAAAGUACACAUCGGCCCUCUACAUCCCCGGUAGGAAGGCCUCGGAGACUUUCUCAUACCUGACCCCCUACCUCGACUACACCAAAACAUUCAGCCAAGUCGAUAAGCUCCAGCGAAACUUGCGCCUCCGAGGGAUCAACGUCAACGCCGAAGAAAUCAAAUCCACUUGGGAUUUCUACCAGACGAUCGAAGCCGACAGAAAGACAGUAGAGGACAGACGAUCCUCAGUAGCCCACAGGAUAAAAAAAUUAUCAAAACUCAAACUUCCAGGGUCAGAUGAGGAGAGAGAACUGAAUGGCCUGAUGACACAGGGCAAAGUGCUCAGACAGGAACUGCGAUUAAUCAAGGAAAUCCUCUGGGAUUUGGAGGAAACUGUUAUUCCUCGAGUGCUGCAACUGCCCAACGAGCUUCAUGAGAAGACCCCCGAGUCCUCAGAGCUGGUGUUAAAAACAGUGGGUUCAAAGAACAUUCAAAAACCAGUUGAUGGUGCACCACAGAAUCACGUGGAAAUCGGAAAAUCCCUGGGAUUACUGGAAUACCUCAACCCCUUCCAUUUCUACCUGUGCGAUGAAGCGGCUCUCUUCGAAGUGGCUGUGCAAACUUAUGCGAGUAAAAUAUUGAAUAGUGAGGGAAUUCUGAGAGUUGCUGGAACAGAUUUUGCCAGGAGCUUAUUAGUAGAGGCUGCGGGAAUGGACCAUGAGGACCCAUUCUCGACGUUUAUUCUGAAAAACGAAGGGAUCGAUGAAAAGUCAGUUAACAGGCUUCACCUGAUUGGUGGAGCGAGUUUGAUAUCAUUUCUGGCGAUGCACACCAAGCAAUUAGUGAACCCAAAGCACUUUCCACUGAGGUAUUUUGCCACUGGCCGCAGCUACACGCCCGCAGUGGAAAAGCCAAUGGAUCUGGGGCUCUUUGGUGUCUGCCAGACCUCCGCCGUUCACUGUAUGACAAUGGUGCGAGAGGCUGACAGUCAGGAGUAUGAAGAGGAGUUUCAGAAGCUUGUUGACGCUAUUUCCAAGAUUUAUGACGGCCUUGGAGUUCAUUACAGAGUAGUUCUGCGAUCUGCUGGAAAGUUGGAGAUUGCUGAGUGUUCAAGAGUGGCAUUUGAACUUUGGUCCAAUUACUACGCUGAUUACGUGGAAGUUGGGCAUGUUUCUAUGUACGGGGAUUAUUUGUCAAAGCGAUUGCUGAUUGCCUAUCAAACCCCGACAGGCAGAGGCCAUCCUGCUAUCAUUUCAGGGACGAUUAUGAAUGUCAAUAAGGUAUUGGCUUGUCUGUUGGAGGAGAAUGCUGAGAGGUUCGAGGUGCCUGAGGGGGUCAGGGAGUUUAUGCCUGUUGGAAGUGUUUAAUAUUCAGUUUUUGUUGGAUUGAUUGUAAAUAUGACUGGUCAUUAAAAAUAUUCCC